AUGACACAACCACUCGCUAAAGCGAGUCGCAUUUGGUCGGUUGCUGAGGAUGAAGCUCUAAUUGGGUUAUACCUAAAAAUAAGUGAUGAUGCGCUUCGUGCCUACUGUAAAGUUCAAGCGGAGAAGCCGCAUAUACUCCCGCCAAGACCUAUGAAGAGUUUGGAGACACAUUGGAGAAGAAUGGCAGCUGAUUUGCUACAGUGGACUAGUUGCUAUGAGGAGGCUGGCAAACUUCCUGAAAGUGGAAGUGGUUACAACGAAGCUGAUCGAAUUAAAAAUGCUUCCAAGUUGUUUUAUCUCUCCUCUAAUCCACAACAUAAUUUUGCAUUUUUGCAUGGAGUGGAUCUGGUUAAUGAAGACCUGAAGUGGAGGAUAAAAUUAAAAUGGGGUCUAUCAAAGGAGGAAAGAAAAGGUUGUGGUGCUGAUGAUGAGGAAGAUAGUAGUGGAAGUGGGAAAAGGUCUAGGGAUGCGAGUGACGGAUUUAUGUCAGGAGGCCUACCACGACCUGACGGUGUCAAAAAAACAAAGGCUAAGCGUAAGGGCAAAGCAGUUGCUUCCGAUAGUGCAAUUUUGAGCAUUAGUGAACAGAUAAAGGCGUGCACCGAGGUAAUAACACUUCCUCAACUUCAGAAGGAUAAAUUAUUUGCUGAUAAACAAGGUGCGGCUCGGAAGGACGUUGAACGAGCUUUUGGGGUUUUACAGGCUAGGUUUGCCAUUCUACGACAACCUUCCCUUGCGUAUGAUGAAGACAUUUUGUGUGACAUAAUGAAAGCUUGUAUCAUUGUGCACAAUAUGAUUGUCGAAGAUGAACGACACAACUACACUCGGGCCGAAGUUUUAAGAAGGUACUAUGAACAAGAUCGUCCGCAAAUUACAAGACCAACUACAAGUGCUACAGUUAACAACAACGAGCCUUUUGAAUUCAAUGUUGGCCGACCUCUUAACGUUGAUUUCGAAACGUAUGUCCAGAGAAGAAUGUCUCUACGCGAUAGAGACACUCAUGUUUAA